AUGGCUUCAAAGAUUCUGCAAACGGCAGCUCGUGUGAACAAGCUAUCGAUUGUCUCCAACCUCCAGAGAUCCGCCCACUUUUCUUCCUCAAGGCAGCUUCUGAAUGCUACCGAGGCUGCUCUUCCAUCCCAAGGCCUGGGCGCCUUUCGAGGAGGUCUCUUUGGGUUCCUUGCCGGCUCGACCCUUGCUGGCGCAUCUGUUUACUACUACAUCCUGAAAGAAUUCCGCCUGUCGAACGAGACGCUGAAAGGAGAUAUCUACGUACGUUACUGCAUCUGA